CACUGAUAAAAAUAACAUAGCACAUUUUGAACUACUUUACAAACAAAUACUGAAAAUACCAUCGUCUUUAAUUUUUCUCUCACAUUUGGUUUGUCACGUAUGACUUAUGUAGUAAUAAUAUAAUGCUUCAAAUGUAUUGCAUUCACCAAGCAUUACGCAUUUUAGUUUAUUGCUUGCGCACCACUGGUUGGAUUCCAUUCAGAAGGUGAAUGUGCGUUUGAUCAAGCGACGAACCUGAAAAUCUUGUUCGAUCGAAAAUGUACAACGCAUUCUAAUUCCAGUUCAAUUAAACAAACUCAUCCGUGAACGUUACAGAUUCUCUGUUUUGUGUUUUCGCAUUGGCAUGUGCAUUGAAUAUCAAUUAUGACCGACAAAAGAAAAGAGGUCACGAAAAAGGCUGAUGAACGACCCAGCAAUGAGGAUGGUAAUAAAAUUCGGCCUACAAAAUCGUCUUCAUUGGUGCAUAAUAAACGCAUCGAAGAAGAGCGUGCAAGCUUUUUUGAUCUGCGCACAACCACGGGACAGAUUUUGUUCAUCACGGUGACCGUGGCUGCUGUAACACUAGUGCAGUGUGUUCCAAAAGAUGCGCUAAAGUCUUUACUCAAUCUUCAAUUACCAACGCAACAAUGUAAGCCCGAGGUACAGUUUGUGGAGAAGAAAAUUGUUUCCCACGAGACACGCCCAAAGUAUUGGGUGUUCGGACGAAACCCUACUGGGGGCCACCUGUUGCAUGUGCACAAUGUACUGCAACGACUCGGCGUAGAACAGACCAGCAACGAUACAAUCGAGUGGGACCUACUGUGGGCACAUGAUUAUCCUUUCCGUAAGAUAAAUCUGCAGCAUAUGAAGCGACAUCAGAUGGUAAAUCAUUUCCCAGGUUCCGGAUACAUAACGAACAAAGUGGACCUUUCCACUACUAGGCUGCAGUAUAUUCCACCAGCAUUUAAACUGCCGGCAGAAUCGACGCAGUUUCGAGAAUAUGCGGCAGCAAAUCCGGAGAAGCUGUUUGUUCAGAAAAACAAUCAACAUCGUCACAUCCAAAUUAAGGCAAUCGAAGAGAUCGAUUUCAGCAGUAACGAUACUUUCAUCCAGGAGUUUAUCGAUGACCCACUACUAGUCGAUGGGUACAAAUUCGACAUAGGAGUGUACACCGUGAUAACAUCGAUUGAUCCGCUACGAGUGUACAUCUACAAGGGAGAUAUUCUAUUCCGCUACUGUCCCGUACCCUACUACCCAUUCAAUGCAUCAAACGUGGACAAGUAUAUCGUGGGAGACGAUUACCUGCCAACGUGGGAGGUACCUUCCUUGGGACAGUACUACACAAAGUACGGAUUCGGAAUGAAGGAUUCCUUUGAUGCGUACCUCACAAGUACGGGCCGUGAUCCCAGCACGAUCUGGGAGCAAGUGGAAGAUGCAAUACGCUUACUGAUUCUUAAGAAAGAGCCGUUACUUACCGGGCUGCUAUCCCGUUACGCCAACAAGCGAAACUUUUUCGAAAUGAUGCGCUUCGAUUUGGUUGUGGACAAUAAGCUGAAGGUGUAUCUGAUGGAAGCGAACAUGAGUCCAAAUCUUUCGUCCGCCCAUUUCAAACCGAACCAGCUGCUGUAUGAGCAAGUGAUUUACCAUCUGUUUCAACUCGUCGGUGUGGGAUCAAGCAUAAAGCGAGACUCGUUUCGCAAGCAACAACCAGGUACAGAAGCAAUGCUGACAUCGUUAAAAAAUCUUGCAACCGCUGCGAAUCAAUGCUCUGAUUUGCCCUGCACUGAAUCUUGCGCUCCGCUUGAAUGCCAGCUCUGUAGUUCAUGUCUGGAGGAAACCGACCUAGACGAUCUACAGCGCGCUUAUCGUGAGCACAUUAACCGUGGAGAUAUGAAACGGAUUUUUCCAGUGCCAAAAUCUGAUCAACAUAGGCUUAGCUACGAAUCGCUUUCUGCAAAAAAUCAGUUCAUGUCGAAGUGGUUUGAGGAAAAGUGUAAAACGGAUCAAUCUUACUGUUAGUUUGGUGAUAGUGUUAUCUAAACUAUGCUGCUGUUUGGUGGAAUUGCGAUUUCUUUACUAGAUCACUAAGAAUGUUUUAAAAUUUAAUGUUUACUUACAUGUUUUAACGCAGCGCGAAACGCUUCAUCUUUUAGCACUUUAUUUUAGAGAGAGAGAAAAAAUUACCCAUCCCAACAACGAAGUUUUAUUGCUAAGAUUUCAGAUUUAAUAAAUUUUUUAACUUAUUUUAAUUGAACACCCAA